AUGCUGCAGAUAUUUGAGAUCAAUGAAGGAACAGAUGGCAAUGGGGAUGUCUAUGAGUUGUACACCGCCAUACUGAUCAACGUCCUACCAGCAGUGAGGAACCGCGUGGAUAUGAUGACACUCCCGAUGGUCAACUUCCUUGCUGGUUACCCGACGGCUGGAAACUCCGGGCUGCAACUCAGCAAUCCCCGAGUGUACGGAAGACCAAAAGUUCACGAUGUGGCAGCAUUGUCUGCUGAUAUCCGAUCCCGGGGACCUAUGGUUAGGUGCAAACGAUCAAACGCGGGGGCCAUUGGCCCAAGCAACUUGACUGACACACAUGACUACUCGGCUGAUAAAGCUGAUUUCCGAGCGAGCGGUCUACUAAUGAAAUAUGAUGGCAGCCGGCAAAGAUACGGAAGAGUCCAGGAAAGCGGGGGAAUAGCCCUGUUUGUUGCAGGGACUGCAUUAGACUGCCUCCCCGCGGCAAGCAGUGCGUCGAAUCGGAUGCUCAAUGAGUUCCUGCCAACGACCGCAAAGCGACGCACUGAGGCACGAUGCAUUGCUUUAGUAACUGGUGUCUUGCCGCAAUUGACACGUACCAUCCUUACAAUAUGCCACUCUAGACACAAUCGGAGGCUUGUGGGUAAGCGCAGCAGCAGGCUAGAUCCAGCAAAAGACUGA